AUGACUUUGGAAGGAAGAGGCGCCACCGCCGCCGCCGCCAUUACUUCCAUCAAAUUAGUGAGCAUUCAAUUCAUAUUCUUGUCCGAAGAGGCGUCCGCCAAAUGCAUACCAAGAUCGAAAUUGGAAGAAUUUGAUGAGGAAGAAGGAGAAGGCAGAGAACUCGAUUCUAUUAGGAAAAGAGCCACCAUUACGCGAUAUUAUAGACCUAACGGCUAUCUCCUCCCGUCCCGAUGCCGAAAGUCGGUGCCUCCGAUAUAAGACCGAAUGAUUUAUGGAAAGAUACGAUAAAGAAGAGCACAAAAAUGAACACGGACUCGCGCCAGCCCAAUUAGCAAGCCAAAUUAGAACGAAAAAGCGCUAUACAAAUGACUUACGCAAAAAAAG